GAUCCGUGCAGCUCAACGAGGACCGCCCGUUCCCUGAGCUUACGACUCCCCCGCCCACUCGCUCCUACGACUCUCUUUCAGUCCUAGUCCUCUUCUUCAUACUCGCCAUGGAUCACUCCAGAGAUCCCUGCCCCUGGGUUGCCCUCAGCGACUUCGGUGGUGCCUUCUGCAUGGGUGCAAUCGGUGGUGCUGUCUGGCACGGUGUCAAGGGUUACAGGAACAGCCCCUACGGCGAGCGUCGGAUAGGCGCCAUCACAGCUAUCAAGGCCCGCGCGCCCGUCCUCGGUGGUAACUUCGGUGUCUGGGGUGGUAUGUUCUCGACGUUCGACUGCGCGAUCAAGGGCAUCAGAAAGAAGGAGGACCCCUACAAUGCCAUUAUUGCUGGUUUCUUCACUGGUGGUGCUCUGGCUGUUCGUGGUGGUGUCAAGGCUGCGAGAAACUCCGCUAUCAUGUGCGCUGUCUUCCUCGCUGUCAUCGAGGGUGUCGGUAUCGGUUUCCAGAGAAUGAUGGCCGAUAACACGAAACUAGAGCUUCCUCCUGCCCCUCCGUCCGCCGAGAAGGCCCACGCUUAAUUUUCCCCCACUCACUU